GCGCACUAUAAUACAUCACAAUAGCGAUAAUGUCGGCUACGAGAACUAAACCGUGGGAAGUCGCCUCCGGAACCUCUCAAGCUGGUAUGUCCUAACCUUUGCGAUACUAUGGAAGUUUGAAAGCACCACCUGGUGGUUUAUCCUGCUAAUCAGUGUUUUACACUACGGAGCACUCUCUCCUAUGAGGCUGGUCUAAAACACAACCUUUCUGUAUUGAUAUUUCCAGACAUUUACUAACCGUUUAGUUGCAUCAGGACAGCCCUCUUCUGUGGAAACCCCACAUACCUCGUCCACAGCCGGGCUCGGAAACACCAUCCCGGAACGUCCGACAUCCUUAUCACAACCGGACAUAGCCACCAGCUCUCCGUAUAACUCCUACGGCAGCACAGGCUAUGGCAACACGGGUUAUGGCAGCACAGGUUAUGGUAGCACAGGUUACGGCGGCUCGCGUUAUGGAUCCAUGGGAGGCAUGGGCGGCAUGGGAUCCAUGUAUGGCUCUUCAUACGGGCUAGGGUCGAUGUACGGCUCUGGCAUGGGCGGUUACGGCAUGGGCGGUUAUGGCAUGAACGGCAUGGGAAUGGGUAUGAAUGGCAUGGGCAUGAAUGGCAUGGACGGUGCUGGUGGAAUCGCGCAGGGUACCCAGGCUACGUUCCAACUCAUCGAGUCAGUCAUCGGCGCUGUGGGCGGUUUUGCGCAGAUGCUAGAGGCCACCUACAUGGCCACACACUCGUCGUUUUUCACCAUGAUCAGCGUUGCUGAGCAGUUUGGCCACUUGAAACAGGCUUUGGGUGGUUUGUUCGGGAUCUUUGCGCUUAUGAAGUACAUGAAGAAAAUCAUAGCCAAGCUUUCCGGCCGAAAAUUCGACUACGGCUUGUCCCCGAGCGAGUUUACCAAGUUCGAUGCGAAGCAGAAGAAGUUGGAGGACAAACAGCGUAAGAAGGAAAGCGGGCCUAACCGGCCGCGGAUCUCGCUCAAACCGCUUCUCUUUUUCCUUGCAGCCGUCUUUGGGUUCCCAUACUUGAUCAACAAGAUCAUCAAACGGAUCGGGGAACAGCAGCAACAGCAGCUUCAGGCUCUGGGUGCGGUUGCCAACCCGGCCCUGCUCCAGUUCGGGAAGGCGUUGUACGCGUUCAACCCUGAAAACCCACAGGUCGAGGCUGCUUUGGUUCCUGGCGACUUGGUGGCGAUCUUGACGCGGUUGGACCCGCAGGGCAAGGAGUCUCCGUGGUGGAGAGUCAGAAAGAGAGAUGGGAGCAUGGGCUACGUUCCUGGCAACUACUUGGAGAUUAUUGAGCGCAAGACCCCGGCUCUUACGGCUCCGGUGAACGAUGCCGCUGUCAGAGCGCAGGAAAAGCAGAAUGCAUUUGACGUGAACGAGUUCAAGAAGGUGUGAAAGUAUUUCAUUAGGUACAGAUAAGACCUAAAGUAUGAAGCUUGCUCUGGGGUGAAGUUCGUUAAUCGAUUUAAACAAUUUUAUUCGAGGCUGAAUGUAGCUGGAAGUGAAAUUAUAGGGUAAGAUAAUGGAAGGAAUUAUAUGAAGCUUUGUUACCAUAGACUGGCAGGGUUCUAACAAAGGAAGUGAGGUGGGUUUGAAACAAUACCUCUUACGGGUGAAGGUUUGAUAGUCAGUGGUACGGACCAAGACAUCCGGGGCAUCUCCCAUUGCGAUUCCCCACCAACCUUGUAUAUGUUAUUAUAUUUGACACGCAUCAUAAACAACUCCC